GCGUGUGCCAUUCGCCUAUAAAAGCCCAUCUUGGCGCGUCCUCUCGCCACAACGUCUUCCUGUUUGCGCUGCGUCUGUUGCUGCUUCUUGCUGGACUGCAGUGGCCGUGAAGAUGGCGUCUACCAGCCGUUUGGAUGCUCUUCCAAGAGUCACAUGUCCAAACCAUCCAGAUGCGAUUUUAGUGGAGGACUACAGAGCUGGUGAUAUGAUCUGUCCUGAAUGUGGCCUGGUUGUAGGUGACCGGGUUAUCGAUGUGGGAUCUGAAUGGAGAACCUUCAGCAACGAUAAAGCAACAAAAGAUCCAUCUCGAGUUGGAGAUUCUCAGAAUCCUCUUCUAAGUGACGGAGAUUUGUCUACCAUGAUUGGCAAGGGUACAGGAGCUGCAAGUUUUGAUGAAUUUGGCAAUUCUAAGUACCAAAAUCGGAGAACAAUGAGUAGUUCUGAUCGGGCAAUGAUGAAUGCAUUCAAGGAGAUCACCACCAUGGCAGACAGAAUCAACCUCCCUCGAAACAUAGUUGAUCGAACAAAUAAUUUAUUCAAGCAAGUGUAUGAACAGAAGAGCCUGAAGGGAAGAGCUAAUGAUGCCAUAGCUUCCGCUUGUCUCUAUAUUGCCUGUAGACAAGAAGGGGUUCCUAGGACAUUUAAAGAAAUAUGUGCCGUAUCACGAAUUUCUAAGAAAGAAAUUGGUCGAUGUUUUAAACUUAUCUUGAAAGCUUUAGAAACCAGUGUGGAUUUGAUUACAACUGGGGACUUCAUGUCCAGGUUUUGUUCCAACCUCUGUCUUCCUAAACAAGUGCAGAUGGCAGCUACACAUAUAGCCCGUAAAGCUGUGGAACUGGACUUGGUUCCUGGAAGGAGCCCGAUAUCUGUGGCGGCAGCAGCCAUUUACAUGGCCUCACAGGCAUCAGCUGAGAAGAGGACCCAAAAAGAAAUUGGAGAUAUUGCUGGUGUUGCUGAUGUUACAAUCAGACAGUCCUACAGACUAAUCUAUCCUCGAGCCCCAGAUCUGUUUCCUACAGACUUCAAAUUUGACACUCCUGUGGACAAACUACCACAGCUAUAAAUUGAGGCAGCUAAUGUCAAACUCUUAAACACUGAACUUUGCCUAUUGUACAUAGCUAUACAAAGUGCUGGAUUGAGCCUUUAAUAAGGAAAUGAAAGACAUGGUACGCAUUCCAGGGCUAAAUAUUAAUUGCUUGGCAUUCUGUAUGUAUAUACUAGUGAAACAUAUUUAAUGAUUUAAAUUUCUUAUUGAAUUUGCUUUCUUUUGUAGCAAUCUAGGAAACUGUAUUUUGGAAGAUAUUUGAAAUUAUGUAAUUCUUGAAUAAAACAUUUUUCAAAACUAAA